AUGGGGCUGGUUAUCUCAGGGCCAGAGAUCAGAGUCUGCAGAGCCCCCCCAGAGGGAGGCGACACCAAGCUGACGGGAGGGGCACCCAGCGCGGAUCAAACCCCUCCGCGCGCCGCUCCCUCCGGCCCUCUCCGUGCCACCACCGCCGUCGGCCCGGCCCGGCCCGACCCCGGCCGCACCGAAGCGCCGUCCCCGCGGCCGCUCUCCGCCGGAGCCCGCGGCGGCCAAGCGGCGGGGACCCGGGCAGGCCGCGGCGUCAGCACCGCCCGCAGCGCGCCGCGGAGCAGCCCCGGAGGCCGCAGCCGGCACCGAGAUCUCACCCCGUCGGCUCCCCGUCCCCCCGCUCACCACCGCCGCCGCCGAGCCUCAGCUCCGGGCGCUCCGCCGGCACCGACACCGAUCCGACCCCGCGGCCGAUCCCCGCUCCGCCCCCGCGCGGCGCCUUCCGGGCCCGGCCCGGCCGUGUGGCACAACGCGCAGCGCGGAGCUCCGCCCGGCGCCUCCCCCCGCUGCCAUCGGCCGAGUGUGACUGUGACAGCCGCGGGUCCAUCCCGUGUUCCCACGUUCCCGUCGAGGCGGCUCGGGGGAGGCGGUCUCUCCUCACGUUUUGCACCUUUUCUCCGCAGUUGCCGCGUUGGACGGGGGCGGAACGCAGCGGUUAAUGGCCGAGCGCGCAGGGCAGUGUCACCCGCACAGCGCCCGAACGUCCCCGCGGGAGCGUCCCGCACAGCCCGGAGCCUCCCGUAUCCCGAUCGCGUCGGCUCAAGCAGUGCCGUAUCACCGCACCCCGCCCCGGCACGCGGACAGCCCCCAGCGCCGAGAAUUCCGCCCGGGGGUGACUCGGGGCUCCCACCCCGCGGUGCCGCACAGCGCCUGCCGGCUCUCACCGAACACCGCGUGCUGAAGUGCCGCCCCACCAACAGUGGCCUCGCAGUGGGGACGAGAGGAACGCGGGGAUGUUUAUGCAAUUUCUCGCACACUGCUGCACCAAUGACCCUGUAUUUCACACGCGGGCUCCCUGCCCUGACAGGUGACAGGCUGUCCGGACACGUCGCACGGCCCGUGGGCGAGGGGCGUUCCCGCACGGCAGCCCCACCGGGGCGGACCCCGCCCACGGCCCGACCUGUCCCGCCCCUCCCCUGUCCCUUUAAGACGCGCCGUCCCGCCCACUUGCCGCAGCGCUGCCGCUUCCGGAAGUGCCACGUGUACGUAGUGCGCAUGCGCGCUGCCCGGUAG